AUGGCAGAAGCUGAGAAUUUCAAAUACAAAGAUCCAAAACAGCUAUUGAAUACUAGAAUCAAGGAUCUUAUGGACAGAAUGACAUUGGAAGAGAAAAUUGGUCAGAUGGUUCAGAUUGAUUGCACUGUUGCUUCUGCUGAUGUGAUGAAAAAAUAUUUUAUCGGUAGUAUUCUAAGUGGUGGUGGACAUACUCCCAAGCAAAAUGCUACUGCAAAUGAAUGGGUUGAUUUUGUCAAUGAAUUUCAAAAGGGUGCUUUAUCAACUAGGCUUGGAAUUCCAAUGAUUUAUGGAAUUGAUGCUGUUCAUGGACAUAACAAUGUUUAUAAAGCUACUAUUUUCCCUCACAAUGUUGGUCUAGGAGCUACAAGGGACCCUCAACUAGUGAGGAGAAUUGGUGAAGCAACUGCUCUUGAAGCUAGAGCAACGGGAAUUCCAUAUGUCUUCGCGCCUUGCAUCGCGGUUUGUAGAGAUCCAAGAUGGGGUAGAUGUUACGAAAGUUACAGUGAAGAUCAUAAAAUAGUCCAAUCUAUGACUGAGUUAAUUCCGGGACUGCAAGGCGACCUACCUGCAAAUUGGUCAAAGGGUGUUCCAUAUGUCGGUGGAAGCAAGAAAGUUGCAGCUUGUGCUAAGCACUUUGUCGGUGAUGGUGGAACGACAAAAGGAAUCAAUGAGAAUAACACAGUUGCAAACAGACAUCAAAUCUAUGGCAUUCACAUGCCAGCUUACUAUAACUCAAUUAUUAAGGGUGUCGCAACCGUCAUGAUCUCUUACUCAAGCUUGAAUGGACACAAAAUGCAUGCUAAUCACGAUUUAGUCACCGGCUUUCUCAAGAACAAGCUCCGUUUCAGGGGUUUUACCAUAUCAGAUUGGGAGGGAAUUGACAGGAUAACUUCACCUCCUCAUGCUAACUACACAUAUUCAAUUGAAGCCUCGGUGAAUGCCGGUCUUGACAUGGUAAACUAUGAUUCUUGCAAAAUCGAACUCGGUACUAUGAAGUUUAUAAUAAUACUUAACCUUGUUAUGGUGCAGAUAAUGGUUCCCAUGAACUACACAGAAUUCAUCGAUGGACUAACCUCACUAGUGAAAAAGAAUGCCAUACCAAUGAGUAGAAUUGAUGAUGCAGUAAAGAGAAUUUUGAGAGUCAAGUUUGUUAUGGGCCUAUUUGAAAAUCCAUUAGCUGAUUACAGCCUUGCCGAUCAAAUCGGGAGCCCGGAGCAUAGAGAAUUGGCUAGAGAAGCUGUUAGGAAAUCAUUGGUACUAUUGAAGAACGGUAAAAGUUCUGAUAAGCCGAUACUUCCUCUUCCUAAAAAGGCUCCAAAAAUACUUGUUGCUGGAAGCCAUGCUGAUAAUAUAGGAAAUCAAUGUGGUGGAUGGACCAUUACAUGGCAAGGACAAAGUGGAAACAACAUGACUACUGGUACUACAAUUCUGAAUGCUAUUAAAAACACAGUUGACAAAGAAACCGUGGUAGAAUACAAAGAGCAACCUACUCAAGACUAUGUAAAAUCCAAUGGUUUUUCAUAUGCAAUUGUGGUAGUUGGAGAGAAACCAUAUGCUGAAACAGAUGGUGACAGCUUAAAUUUGACACUUCCUGCACAUGGAAUAGAAACAAUCAAAAAUGUAUGCGGCGCAGUGAAAUGUGUUGUUGUCUUAAUCUCUGGAAGACCUGUUGUUAUACAACCAUUUCUUCACAACAUUGACGGACUCGUUGCGGCUUGGCUUCCUGGUAGUGAAGGUACUGGUGUUGCUGAUGUUUUGUUUGGUGAUUAUGGAUUUACUGGUAAGCUUUCAAGGACAUGGUUUAAGACUGUCCAUCAGUUACCGAUGAAUGUUGGGGAUCGUCAUUAUGAUCCUUUGUUUCCGUUUGGGUUUGGUCUUACAACUGCAGCUGGCAAAGCAGCUUAA